UCGCCCUUGAACUUUUGUACAAACAGCCGUUGCAGUAGAAAUUCGUCAUCACAUAUUUAUUAUUAGUGAAAAUUUGUUAUUGUAAGCAGCCCAUGAAAUAAUGAGGGAAAUAGUUCACAUACAAGCAGGACAGUGUGGAAAUCAAAUCGGUUCCAAGGUCUGCUUCAUUUGUUCGAGCUUCGGAAUAAGCUGUGUUAACCAAAUCACGUUACCGGCUAAAAAGCGGCUAAAAGCAAACGAGUGAAACCGGCUGAAAAAAGAAGAUUACGACAGUGUUCUGGGAAGUCAUUUCAGAUGAGCAUGGGGUAGAUCCAACUGGACAAUAUCAUGGCGAUUCUGAUCUACAACUUGAGAGAAUCAGUGUUUACUUCAGCGAAGCAAAUGGAAACAGAUAUGUUCCUAGAGCAGUUCUUGUUGAUUUGGAACCUGGUACCAUGGAUUCUGUGCGAUCGGGUCCGUUUGGGCAACUAUUUAGACCUGACAACUUCGUAUUUGGUCAGUCUGGUGCUGGAAAUAACUGGGCCAAAGGUCAUUACACAGAAGGAGCUGAACUGGUAGAAAGUGUUGUGGAUGUCGUCCGAAGAGAGGCGGAAACAUGUGAUUGCCUUCAAGGGUUCCAGUUGUCACAUUCUCUUGGUGGAGGAACAGGAUCUGGCAUGGGAACACUGUUGAUCAGUAAACUCCGGGAAGAAUACCCAGACAGGAUAAUGAUCACUUACUCUGUAUUCCCAUCUCCAAAGGUUUCUGACACCGUUGUUGAGCCGUACAAUGCAACCUUAUCUGUUCAUCAGCUUGUUGAAAACACUGACGAGACUUUCUGUAUCGACAAUGAGGCUCUCUACGACAUCUGUUUCAGAACAUUGAAGUUGACCACACCCACAUAUGGAGAUAUGAAUCACAUUGUUUCCGCUGCAAUGUCGGGCAUAACAACAUGUCUUAGAUUUCCUGGACAAUUGAAUGCAGAUUUGAGGAAAUUAGCCGUUAAUAUGGUUCCGUUUCCUCGUCUUCAUUUCUUCAUGCCAGGGUUUGCACCUUUAACAUCACGCGGCUGUCAACAGUAUCGUGCACUUUCUGUACCGGAACUGACACAGCAGAUGUUUGAUGCUAAGAACAUGAUGACGGCUUGUGAUCCUCGCCAUGGAAGAUAUUUGACUGUUGCUUGUAUUUUUAGAGGGAGAAUGUCAAUGAAAGAGGUUGACGAACAAAUGCUAAAUGUCCAGAACAAAAACAGUUCAUAUUUUGUAGAAUGGAUUCCAAAUAACGUCAAAACGGCUGUUUGUGACAUUCCACCAAGAGGCUUGAAAAUGUCGGCUACUUUUAUGGGUAACAGUACAGCAAUUCAAGAAAUAUUCAAGCGAAUCUCUGAGCAGUUUACAGUCAUGUUUCGCCGAAAAGCUUUUCUUCAUUGGUAUACUGGUGAAGGGAUGGAUGAGAUGGAAUUUACCGAGGCAGAGUCGAAUAUGAACGAUUUAAUUUCUGAAUACCAACAGUAUCAGGAUGCAACAGCAGAAGAACAGGACUUUGAUGAGGAAGAGGAAGAGGAAGAAGGGUAAAAUGUUCAAAACUGAACUGUGCGCAAACUAUUGAUUAAAAAAGAAGUUAGCUUUAUACAUUAAGACAGAUGUGACAUCUCGAAUUUCAUUUAAUGCAGUUCGUUUUAAAUAUGUGUAAAACAGCAUUAAAAGAAAACGUUUUGCACCAAGUAAACUAAACUAAGAUUGUUAACAUGAUUAAUGUGACCCAUAGAAAGUUUUAAUUGAAUAAACUUUUGGUGCAUAAGGCAAAGUUUUACUUUGUAACCUUUAUGAAUUUGAACUUAUCGAUCCUGCAUGACUAUAUUAGUCCAAAAUCUUCUAAAGUCUCACAUGUCAUGCAAGGGACGAUUUUUGUUGUCCUGGAGUUAUCUACCUUUCUUCAUGUAUUGUUGUUGACCCUUGAAAAGUUUAUUCUCUUAGUUGCUAUCUCCAUGAUAUUCACUGAUCUCUUUAUAUAUAUAAUAUUUUCAUCAUACUGUGUCACAUUAAAUCAUAAACAGUCAUAAUGUUUACUGAACUUUGUUUUAAUGAACUUUGCUUUUAGCAAAGAUCGAUUCCAAUUACAUAUAAUAACGUACAAUUCUAUAUUUUAAAAUUUAAACAAAAAAUUAUAUGAAAUUUAA